AUGGGUACAGUAGGGCAGGCUGGGAUCUUGUUUAGUGCUGUAUUCUUCUGGGGGUUGCUUGGCAUCCUUGCAUUGGAUAUGGAGAUUCAGGGUGGCUUUUUUGCUGAUCCUAUGAUGCUGGCCUGUGGUCAAGGAAAUCUGCAGCUCACCCUGCCCCCAGGAUGGAAGAAAAAUGCUUCUGUUGUACUGACUGCUUGGGAUACAGAGGGAAAGGCACAUGCUGUGCAGAAUGACUCCAGUUGUGGUCUCUGGGUAUCUGGGACUCCAGAUGGCUCCAGGAAAGUGUCUAUCUCCUACACUGGUUGCUAUGUCUUUGAAUGGGAAGGUAAUUACUUCACGCUGAUUGGGGUUGAAGGGACAGAUGCUGCUGGACAAAAGGUUCUCCAUGAAGAGAAGCUGCUCAGGUGCCCUGUGGACCUUCCUGCCCUAGAUGCUCCAAGCAGUAGUGUCUGUUCUGCUGUUAACAGUCAAUACCGGCUGCCCUGUGCCUCCAUGUCUAUAAGCUGGGGAGAGUGUGAAGAGAGAGGCUGUUGCUAUGAUCCUAGGGACAGGGUGAAGCCUUGUUACUAUGGUAAUACAGUCACAGCUCAUUGCACACCAGAUGGCCAGUUCUCCAUUGCAGUCUCUCGGGAUGUAACUCUGCCACCUAUUAUUCUGGAGUCUGUACAUCUGGCCAGUGGGUACAGUGCUGGCUGCAUUCCUGUAGUGAGGAACAAUGUGUUUGUUGUCUACCGAUUCCCGCUCUCAGCCUGUGGCACUACUUUUCAGGUAGCUGGAGAUCAGGGCAUAUAUGAAAAUGAGUUGGUGGCAUCAAGAGAUGUGAAGACUGGGAACCUUGGCUCCAUCACUAGGGACAGCACUUUCAGGUUGCAUGUACGCUGUAGUUACUCCACUAGUGGGAACUUUCUCCCCUUGAGUGUUCAGGUCUUCACUCUGCCACCACUCCCCGCUGUGUCCCAGUCUGGUCCUCUAUCCUUGGAGAUGCGCAUUGCCUCAGAUGAAAGCUAUAGAUCCUACUAUACUGACAGUGAUUACCCUGUGGUGAAAGCUCUGAGAGACCCCAUCUAUGCAGAGGUGCAGAUCCUCCAUAGGAUGGACCCAGACCUGGUUCUUGUCUUGCACCACUGCUGGGCCACUCCAGGUGUUCACCCCUAUCAACAGCCACAGUGGCCAGUCUUGGUGGAUGGGUGCCCCUAUAAAGGGGACAACUACCAGACACAGCUGGUGCCUCUUAAUACUGCCUCAGGACUGCAGUUCCCCUCUCAUUACCAGCGUUUCAUCCUCUACACAUUUGCAUUUGUGGACUCUGCUUCCCAACAGAUGCUCUCUGGGCUGGUAUAUCUACACUGCAGUGCCUUGAUGUGUCACCAGUUGAUGCAGGAAUCCUGCACCACAAUCUGUCCUGCUGGAGCCAGGAGUAAAAGGAGUACUGAGUAUCACCUUCAGGAGGGCAUCUCUUACGUCACCAGCAAAGGCCCUCUGAUUCUCCUCCAGGAUCAGCUGAGACAGGAAACUGCUGUGGAUGGCCAUGGAGCUGCUGUGCAUGCUGCAGCCUCUUGGGCUCUGGGUUUUGCUGCAGUGGCAACUGGGGCAGUUCUAUGUGUGGUGCUUGUAGCUACUGUGCUGUGGCAAAGGAAAACACCUGUAACACAUGAAGUCAAUGCUUGA